UGAUUUCUUUUGAAAGUCCUGCUGUAUGCACACCAUAUUGGCAAAAACCAAAACGACGUGAAUCGAAAGAUCGAUGGGAAGAGUUUGAAUUAUUCUCUACCGUGAGCGAUCCACGCAUGUCCCACACGGAUCUUAUCGGCGAGGAACGCGUAUAUUAUCUUUCGACCUUACAGUCGAACACUAUAUUGCUUGACCCAGCUUGACAACAUACUUCGUGAGGUUUCCAUAAAAAACUCAGCAAAAGUUUAGUGAUUGACACUGUGAUUCCCAAUAGACAUCAAGGCACAUUAUGGCGGAGACAAAGGCAAUCAUUAAGAGUGCUGACAUGAGUGAGGAGAUGCAGCAAGAGGCUGUUGACUGCGGUACCCAAGCUUUGGAGAAGUACAAUAUUGAAAAAGAUAUUGCUGCUCAUAUCAAGCGCGAAUUCGACAAGAAAUAUGGCCCAACUUGGCAUUGUGUUGUUGGCCGAAACUUUGGAAGCUUUGUGACCCACGAGUCCAAACACUUCAUCUACUUUUAUCAUGGCCAGAUUGCAGUUCUCCUGUUCAAAUCAGCAUAAUAUCAAUCAAUUGUAAUGGCAGUAGUUAAAAUCAAUAAAAAAGUUGAUGAUUGAAGAUCAAGGCUGUUUUGCUAUGAUUUUAAUUAUAAUUUUUUUUUUUCAAUGCAGUAAUUUUUUUUU